AUGUUUGUAACACUCUUUCUAUCCCAUUCUGUUCAUAUCUAUCUAUCUAUGUGUGUGUGUCUAUUCAUUUCUUUUUUCUAUCUAUCUAUCUAUCUAUCUAUCUAUCUAUCUAUCUAUCUAUCUCAGAGUCUAUACCAGUGGUUGUUCAUCCCAAUGUCCAUACCAGUAGUUGUUCGUUCCAAUGUCUAUACCAGUGGUUUUCUGUUCCAGAGUAUAUACCAGUGGUUGUUCAUCCCAAUGUCUAUACCAGUGGUUGUUCGUUCCAAUGUCUAUAACAUUGUGUUGAUUUCUAUUUCUGUGUCUAAACUGUUUAUAUCUAUCUAUCUAUCUAUCUAUCUAUCUCAUUUUAUUCACAUCUAUGUUGUGUCAAGUUUCAACAAUCUAUCUAUCUAUCUAUCUAUCUAUCUAUCUAUCUAUCUAUCUAUCUAUUCAUUUGAUUCACAUCUAUCUAUCUAUCUAUCUAUCUAUCUAUCUAUCUAUCUCAUUUUAUUCACAUCUAUCUAUCUAUCUAUCUUGUGUGGGGGGGUAAUCUAUCUAUCUAUCUAUCUAUCUAUCUAUCUAUCUAUCUAUCUAUCUAUCUAUCUAUCUAUCUAUGUGUGCGUGUGUGUCUGUUACAAAACCUAUUAA